GCGCAGAAUUAAAGUCAAUAUCAAUAUUUCCACUAUAAAGAUAUCUUUGAGUAUUAAGCUUAACUGAGUUUGUGCUAGUGCACUGCAAGUUCCGAUAGUUAUGAGCCUGGGGUCCCUGUGAACGAAGCAAGUCGAUAUUUGAAGCUAUUCACAGUGCCAAUCCUCAAUUUAGAACGAAUUUGGAAGCGUGUACAAAGAGCAUCGACCCCAUCUCCAACGGUUAUAUUCGAUUGUGAUUCGGUUCGAAUUAGUCCCAAAACAGCUACCUCGGAUAUUAGCUAUGGACGUGAAAAAGAACGCGAUAAUCCUGAAGUCAUCGGAUGACUGGAGAAAGUGGAUCGAACAACUCAGAUCAGAGGCCUCAAAGGAAAAUGUGUGGGAAUAUGUCGACCCAAGUCCGAACCGUAUGAUAUAUGACCCUGCACCAACAAAACCUGUCGAACCUACCUAUCCAGUAUACGAAGCCAAUCAAACAGUGGAGCAAAAGAACUUGAUGCUCACUGAAUUUCAAAUUGCCUGGAGUAUUUACGAACGAAAACUUGAUCGAUACGAGAAGCACCAAAAACGUAUGAAGGAAGUGCGAUCGUACGUUCUUGAUACCGUUGAUAUUGGACAUCGACCUCUGAUACGGAAUAUCAGCGACGUUACAGAGAUGGUUCUAAAGCUCAAAGAGAAGUUUGCGCCAAAGCCGAAUAGGGAGAAAGCUUUGCUAAUAAGGCGACACCGAGAACUCAUGAAUCCGAAACGAGGAAUGAAACCUAAGGAAUUCUCGAAAAAAUGGCAAGAGCUCAAAGUGGACAUGGACCUUGCGGAUUUUAGUGAGAUUCCGGAUGAACGGUUAGCUAGAGAUUUCAUCGAGGCAUCGGAAGAUAUUCUACCUAAAUUUCAUGAGACGUGGACCAACAAGCUCAUGGAAUUCGACCUUGGCAUUGAAUCAAGUAUCCUACUUAAAGAACCUCAAUUCGACGAAGUAAUCAACGCAUUCGAUCUUUGGAACGAGAUGUACUCCAAAACAACCUCACCCUCUCGAAAAGAUAUUGCAAUGGCGACGUUUGGCGACAAAUCCGAUCAACCUGAAAAGAAUCAGCGUAGCGAAACAACAUCGAAGCCUGAGUCUCGAAAGUGCUUAUGUGAGCAAGAUCAUCGUUUCGAAGAUUGUCCAUAUGUGAACACAGAAAAACGUACCGCCAAUUGGAAACCAGAUGAAGAUAUACAAAGAAAAUUCGACCGCCUAGAGAAGAGCCGAUACAAUCGACUAGGCAAGGCUCUAAGGUCUGUUAAAGAAGAACUUCAGAAGAAAAAUAAGGACAAGAAGAAAACUGGUUCUUCAACAGACACAAAGAAGAAUAGUGAGAACCAAGAAUCAGCAAAUUUGGUAUAUGAUUCAGACGAGUUUGUGGGAUUGCUCAAUGAUACAAAGCCACCGGUCCUACAGAGUGUGGUUAGCACUGUAUUAUCCGCCUCAGGCAGGAACGCUGACCUAUGGGACAAGACCUUAUAUGACACUGGAGCGACAGCCCACAUCACCAAUAAUCGAGAGCGACUGAUAAAUAUGCAAUCGAAUGUACGAAUGAUUCAGACAGGAAAGAUAGAGAUCAAAAUGCAUGGACCAGGACAAUAUAUUGUUCAUCCAACGGAUCCUAUACAUGAUAUCGUUAAGCGCAAAGGAAUACGAAUCCUAGAAAUGUGGUAUAUCGAAGGAUUUCCCACGACAAUCCUCUCAGCGAGCAAGCUCCGGGAACAUGGAAUCAGGUUUGAUGGCAAAACUGAACGACUGUGGGAUGAGAAAACGAAUAGCGAUCUCUGUCGUGUCAAGUGUGAUGGAAAAUUAUUCUUGAUCGAAUGGGAAUCGAACAAGAAUACUAGGACUUCUCUAUCAAAUGAACUAGUCUUCAGUUCAUUUGAAAAGAAUGUCUUGAAAGAUCCCGCACAGGUGUGGCAUAAACGUUUUGCUCAUAUCAAAACCAGCUCAAUUGCAAAGAUUCAGGAAGCCACUGAGGGAGCAGUUGUUACCAAGGAAAUAUCAGCCAGGAACGAUGAAGGAUUCCAACAGAAGUGCGAAGUCUGCGAGCUUACAAAGGCGCGAAAGAAAAUUAGUAGGGUACCAAUGACACCACCGACAAGACCCUUCCAAGUCCUAUUUGUUGAUAUUAUUGUCAUGAAUAUGGCAAUCAACAAGGACUCGUACGCCCUACAUGCAGUCGAUCCAUACACUAAGUUCCAUGCCCUAGCGACGACUCGUACGAAGUCAGUGAACUUUGAUCUCGAAACAUUGAUUGAACAGAUUGAGCAUACCUUCAAGACAAAAGUCGAUGAGAUUCAUAUGGAUGGAGAGUCCUCGCUCAAUGGGAUCAGCUUCAAAGAAUAUUGUCAUAAGCAAAAAAUCAAGCUGACAGUGACUGUGCCAUAUACACCAGAACAGAAUGGCCCUAGCGAGCGAGCCGGUGGAAUCAUCACUAUGAAAUCUCGAAGCUUGUUGGAGGAAGCCAAUCUACCGCCAGGAUUAUGGCCAGAGGCCAUGAAAGCAGCAGUCUGGAUCAUGAAUAGAACCCCGAUUGAAUCACUAGGCUAUAUGACUCCAUAUGAAAAAGCCUUUGGGAAGAAACCAUAUGUCGGUAAUCUAUUUCUCUUCGGAUCUAAGGCAUACGUUAAAAUCGACACCAAGAAAAGCGACAAAAUGGCUCUGCGUGCCCAAAUUGGAUUCUUAGUUGGUUAUGAAGCUCACAAUAUAUGGAGAAUAUGGGUCCAAGGUCCUAGUGGAUCAAAAGUCAUACGAGUUCGAGACGUAGUCUUUGAUGAGACUAAGAAAUAUGACCCUGAUCAUCCAUUUGCAAAAGAAAUUGUCAAAGAGGGUAUAACCAAAUAUGUUGGCAAUAUCGACAUACCGAACAUUGACGAAGCAGACCCCAAUAUCGUAUUCGACUCAGUUGACGACGAUAUGAGGCUACAGCAAUUCUCUGUUAGCCUAGGAAAAACGAUGACAGGAGGUAGCACGUCACCUCAUGAGCAUGCGAAUAUUGAGCAGCCAACUCAGCCCUUGAAUAUGCCGCAGAAUAUGGAAAUCGACAGUACAUCGACCGAGUCAGUUGAACAGACUCAGAUUCCACAGGAGAUGGAAAUUGAUACUCCAACUGAGCCAGGAAAUAUGGAAAUUGACGGAAAUAGAACAAAUCAAGCGCAAGUUGAUAAUCGUGAGAAUUCCAUGAUGGAAAUUGGCUCAGCUGGGGGGGUGGAGGAUAAGAAUGAGGAUAAGAAUAAGGACGAAGUCGAUGUCAUGGAGAAGGAAGCCGAGGAUGAGGAUAUUCCCAAAUUAGAUGGAAAAACUAAUAAUCCGACCAAUCAGCCUCGCCAAUUACCAAAUCCUGAGAGAGAUUCUGCCAGUCAAAACGCUUCAAAUCAGUUGGACGACAACAAUGACAACAUGAGAACAAACCAAUUGAUCACACCGCCAACUACACCGCCAAAUCAGACUACAGGACAGGAAGCUCCUCGAGCACAAGAAAUAAGCGCCGACCUGUCAGAAUCAAAUAUAGUGGCAGGAUCAAGGAUUCGAAAAGCCUCAAACCGAGCUCUGAGCCCUACCUCAAUCUCUGCAGGACCAUCGAAAACUUCAAAGAGAGAUCGAAGCCCAGAACCAAGUCCUAUAUCGAGAAAAAGGCAGAGAAAGCUUAGUCGCGCGUUUCUAGCCAGGCAGAAGUUGCUCCAAGAUUCAACAACUGACAAGAUCUUCUUAGCCGCCAUGGAAAAGCUUGAAGAACCGUUUAGUGUGCAGCUUCCACCAGAGCCUAAAAAUUGGAAAGGAGUUUUAAGGCACAAGUUCAAGCAUCAGUUUACCCAAGCUGCAAAGGAGGAAUUUGAAGCUCUGAAGAGAAAAGGUACAUUUGAGUUUGUUCCAAAACCUCAAGAUAAGCAGAUUUUACCGCUGACAUGGGUGUUCAAAUACAAAUUUGAUAAAUACGGCAAGCUUACGACGUUCAAAGCACGUAUUUGUGUACGUGGUGAUCUGCAACAACCAAAUGACCUUGAAAAACGAGCAGCUACACUUGCAGCACGAAACUUCAGAAUGAUGAUGGCUAUUGCAGCUAUCUUCGAUCUUGAGAUCGUUCAAUAUGAUGCCAUGAAUGCCUUCGUGAAUAGUAUCCUUGAUGAAGAAGUUUACACAUACUUUCCGGACGGAUUCAAGCAAGAUGGGCAGGUAAUAAAGUUACGACGAGCUCUAUAUGGUUUGAGAAGAAGCCCACGGUUAUGGCAGAAAGAACUUACAGCGACCCUUCUAAACCUAGGAUUUACGCAGAUUCCAGACGAAGAAUGUUUAUUCAUCAAGAAUGGUGUUGUUCUGUUGUUCUAUGUUGAUGACAUUCUGCUAUUUUACGACAAGGCCACAAAGCAAGCUACUUUUAAGGAAAUCGAGAAAGGCCUUAUGAGAAAGUAUGAGCUUCGAAAAAUGAAGAAAUUUGAGUGGUUUCUCAAUAUUAGGAUCACUCGCGACCGUGCUCAGAGAAAGAUUUGGCUCUGCCAGGACAGCCAGAUCACCAAGAUGGCUAGCAAAUUCGGAAUCAACGCCACGAACAAUGUCAAGACACCCAUAUCUGGCAAUAUUGAAGCUUCAACCGAACAAGCAACCAAUGAAGAGAUUCACACAUAUCAAGAACUUGUGGGAUCAGCUCUUUAUGUUGCUGUAAUGACUAGGGUUGAUGUGGCCAAAGCUGUCAACGAGCUAGCUAAGCACACCAAGAAUCCUUCAAAGGCUCACUUUCAGCAGAUCCGACGUGUCAUCCAAUAUCUCUAUAACACCUGCUCGUUAGCAAUUGAAUAUUCACCACUAGAGAAUGUCAAUAUGGACGCUUUCAUAUGCGCCUCAGAUGCCUCAUUUGGUGACAACCCUGACCGUACAAGCUCUGAAGGGUAUUUAGUCCAAUUGUAUGGAGGCCCAAUUGACUGGAGAGCCACGAAGCAGCGCUUAGUUACGACAUCAACGACUGAAGCUGAGCUCCGUGCAGCUACUGAAGCAGCCAAAAGACUUCAAGUUUGGAAGCGAGUCUUCAGGUCUAUUGGAUUCAAGCCUGAUAGAGAACUCUCAAUCCAAUGUGACAAUAAACAAACUGUUUCACUACUGACCAGCGAAGAACCACAGUUUCAUAUGAACCUCAAGCACAUUGAUAUUUACCAUCAUUGGCUCCGACAAGAAGUCUCCAAGAAGCGACUGCGUAUUGAAUGGGUUGAUACAAAGCGAAUGGUGGCAGACGGCCUUACUAAGGUCCUACAUGGACAGCAGUUCCUGGAUUGGAGAAAACACCAGGGAUUGGUGGAUAUAGCAGAUCUAGUGCAGGAAUAAAAGCUUCAAGCUUCCAUUCCUGGGGGGGUGUGUCGAGGAUUAGGUAAGCUAAA